UCACUACAUUUCCCAUGAUGCUUUGACGCUUUAGCGUUCGGAAGCAGCGUUGUCCUUGCUAGUGCUGUCCUAUCAGACGCGUGCCGCUUGCUGGGCCCGCGGUCACAAUUAUAUUUCUGUUUCUGACAUACGAGUAACUGUAGCAGAAUGUUUGCCGCUCGAUUCGCCCUUCGCCGUGCCCUCCCCGCUGUGCGCCAAGUUCGGUGGUACGCCGACCCGCCCGCGGCCGCGUCCCAGAUGUCCUUCACGUUCGCCUCGCCUACCGAGGUGUUCUUCAGAGAGGCCAGCGUGAAGCAGGUGGACGUGCCCACGCUGACGGGCGCCUUCGGCAUCCUGCCCUCCCACGUGCCCACCCUGCAGGUGCUGCGGCCCGGUGUCGUCACCGUGUUCGGCGAGGACGGCUCCUCCACCAAGUACUUCGUGAGCAGCGGUUCAGUCACAGUCAACGCAGACUCGUCCGUGCAGCUGCUCGCCGAAGAGGCGGUGACCCUGGACAACCUGGACCUGGCGGCGGCAAAGGCGAACCUCGAGAAGGCUCAGUCAGAGCUGGGCACGGCCAGCGACGAGGCCACCAGGGCCGAGCUCCUCAUCAGCAUAGAGGCCAACGAGGCCAUCGUCAAAGCUCUGGAGUAGAGGCCACACGGCAUCGGUGUCACCAGGUAGCGAGUGCGCUCUGUUGGUGUGCAGGCGGAUGAAACCGCCCGGUUCUGUCCCCAUCCCUGCCGAAGAGUCACAAAUCCUAGCUUUGUACAGUGGGUGCGAUUACCAAUAAAUUUAUUUGGAAUAAC